AUGUCGAUAUUCGAGUAUAAUGGUAGCGCUGUGGUGGCGAUGGUGGGGAAGAACUGCUUCGCGAUCGCUAGCGACCGGCGGCUCGGCGUCCAACUGCAGACCAUCAGCACUAACUUUCACAAGAUUUACCAGAUACAUGAUAAGCUCCUCCUGGGUCUCUCGGGCCUCGCAACUGAUGCUCAAACCUUGUUUCAGAGACUCGUAUUUCGACACAAGCUAUAUCAGUUGAGGGAAGAGAGGGAUAUGAAGCCUGAAACUUUUGCCAGCCUUGUAUCUGCCCUUCUGUAUGAGAAGAGGUUUGGUCCAUACUUCUGUCAACCUGUAAUUGCUGGAUUGAGUGAAGAAGGCAAACCUUUCAUCUGCACCAUGGACUCUAUUGGGGCUAAGGAACUUGCCAAAGAUUUUGUCGUUUCUGGUACUGCCUCAGAGUCACUUUAUGGUGCCUGUGAAUCAAUGUUCAAACCAGACAUGGAACCCGAAGAAUUAUUCGAGACCAUCUCACAAGCCCUGCUAUCAGCAGUGGACCGAGACUGCCUGAGUGGUUGGGGAGGCCACGUUUAUCUCGUCACACCGGCUGGAGUAACCGAAAGAAUUCUGAAGGGAAGGAUGGACUGA